AUUCUAGCCGCCAAUUUCAGUUUUUCUCUUACAAUGGCUACCCAGUAUAAACUGAGCUCCUCACAAAGAGAUCGCGUAAAAAAGUUCAGUGCUAUUACUCGAAGUUCUGAUAAGGUUGCUAUUGACUGCCUUCAAAUGAGCAAUUGGAGGUUAGAACAGGCCGUAGAUUACUUCUACAGACAGAAUCCAACUCCUCAAGGACCCACUAUUAAUGAGGCGAAAAUUGACCAUCUGUUCCAGCGUUAUCGUGAUCCUCAGUGUCCCGAUCGCAUACUAGCUACAGGGAUGGAGCUAUUUCUUGUCACAGAUCUCCAUGUUGACCCAGAAAGUUUAAUCACUUUAAUCCUAGCUUGGAAGUUUUCAGCAAAGACCCAAGGAGAAUUUACUCGCGAGGAGUUUUUUCGUGGGUUCAGAGAGUUGGGGUGUGACUCAAUCAGUUCCUUGCGUAAUAAACUUCCUAGUCUAUUAAGUGAUAUAGAAGACAAACAAAAUUUUCGUUCUUUAUACUUAUUCACAUUUGGUUUCGCUAAUUUGGAUAAACAUGAAAGUAAAUCAUUAGUUCUUCAGUACGCUAUUCCCUACUGGGAAAUUCUUCUACGUGGUCGAUUUUGUCAUUUAUCCCUAUGGUUUAAAUUCCUUCAAGAACAUCAUAAACGUCCAAUUUCUAAGGACACAUGGGACCUUCUUCUAGACUUUGUUGAAACAAUUUAUCCUGACAUGUCUAAUUACGAUGAAGAAGGUGCUUGGCCAGUACUGAUUGAUGAAUUCGUCGAAUGGGCAAAGCCUCAAGUUCAGAUGGAUAUUCCACUAACAAACCACCCAUGAUCUUAUCAUAUAAUUUUGGGAUGAUACUUAUUCUUUUUUAAAUAUGCAGCUAUGUUAACCUCACAUUAUUUUCAGUUAGAACAUUUGUAAAGCUCGUCUUAUCUUUCUUCUACAACUAUCUUUCUCUUCAGGUUUUCUCCCUAUCUUUGCAAAUUAUUUAGUUACGAAUAAACUCUCACUUUCAAUGUGUAGUCUGUUUGUGUAUUCAGUCAUGGUUCUCUCGAAAAUUUUAUUGGCAAUUAGCACCGGUGAAUUGAGGUAAAUUCACAUCGAAAUAUAUGUGAGACCAGUCUCAGUCCAAUUAACCGUAUGCUACAUCACUUUACUUCAUAUUUCGUACAUUAUUCAGAAUUUCGAGUCAAUACUUUGUUGUCUUUCUUUUAAAGGUGUUCAGUUAUUGGCUAAAAGAUCAGUAUAUUAAACAACAUACACUUAAGAAUAUUAUUCUUUGUCGUUUGCGUUGUUAAACUUCCAGAAAGAUAAGUACUUCACAUAUGUACCUAGUAUACUUAGCACUUCGUUUUUCUACAAUGCUGUAGGUUAUUCUAUCAAACUACAGUGUUAGUGCCAACUAAUAUUUCAAUCUGUUGAUGUACGCCUCAUCCCUACAUCACCUCCUAUCCAGGUUAUUUUUCCAGUGCACAUGUCCCCAAAAUUUCUUGUCUUGGCAUCUAACAUGUAAACUGUAUAAAUUUUGUUCAAAUAUAUAUAUUCUUAUAAACAA